CCAGCAGCAGUAGUCAGUCAGUGAGUGUUGAGGUGUCAUCUAGUGUGUGGGCCAGAUGUGUGGGGUUGUUUAUGCCACUGGGCCACUCCUGUUUUACCUCACACUCACCUGUGGGUCCUCCCAUGUCAAAUCACAGGACUCCUAAAGGUUUCAAACUUGUGUGUGUGCAUUAUCCCUUGUCCUAACAGUGCAUGAAAUGUACAUGUGUUGGUAACAGUUGAAGCCAUCACUCAUCACCCUGUCUUUUCUUUAUCACCCCUCCUUCUCCCCCCCUUGUCUCACUUUCUCUUCUCUCUCUCGCUCUCUCUCUUCUUUCUCUCCUUCAAUUUCCCUUUCUCCUCUUCUGUCUCCAUGGCUUUAUGACUUUCUUGACCUCCCUCCUGUCAGGUUGCUCAGCUGUUGUUGAGCAGUAACAUGGUGGUGGCUCUGUUAGAGGGGAAUAGUAAGGAACCUGCAGACUCAGGCUUCAACACUCCGCUGCACCUCGCCGCACGCAACGGACACAAGGACAUCAUCCGGUUGCUGCUGAAAGCGGGCAUCGACAUCAACAGGGCCACUAAGGCUGGCACUGCCCUGCACGAGGCUUCCCUCUACGGCAAGACGGAGGUGGUCAGACAGCUGCUAGAGGCUGGUAUAGAUGUGAACAUCCGUAACACGUACAACCAGACAGCCUGGACAUCGUGA